AUGAAACGCUGCAAUAAGCUGCUAAGAGUGAAAAAUAUAUACAUAUCUCACGACCUGACACAGAAGCAAAGAAGUGAUAAUAAAAUAUUGAGAAGCCAUCUUUACCUUGCCAGGCAAGAAAAUAAAAACAGAGACUGUUACUUAAAUGGAGGAAAACUUUUCGUGGAUGGAGGCGCGUACACUGCAGAUGAGUUAGAAGCAGACGUCUGUCAAGAAAAUCGAACUAACAACGCUCCUCAUACUCCAUCCGUCGAGACGUCAGAGGAAUCAAAGCCAGACCCUUCUACUCCACAAAAGCCACCAAGCAAAAAACCUAACUGGUAA